GAUAAAAGAUAGCGGUGACUGAACAGAUGCCAGUGUUCACCCGACCUGUCGGCUGACAGUCUCGCGUACUCGCCCCCGGUGUGCGUCGGAUACGUCAAUCGACGGUCGCGAAUAAAAAAAAAAAAAGAAAAGAGAAAAAGAUAAAAUAGAAGUGAAGUAAAACAUCGAAUCAAAGAAAGUCAUUCGCGAGCGUAGAAGGUGAAAUUAUCGUGCGAUGACAAAGUCGAGGAACGUUUGAAGAUGUCGAGAGGAAAUCACCGAGACCUUCCGGAAAAUCGUUCUCCACUAAGUUUCAAACAGUUGACGAAAUUGACGCGUGAGAACAGUCAACGAAAAAGAUUCUUAGGAUAGAACCGAUCAGUGAGAUUGAUGAUAGGUGCGAUGGAUAAAAUACUCGACAUGGUUUGAUGAUCAUUGAAAAGAACAAGGAUUCCUUCUCUCGUUUUGAUCAUCGUCUAGACCGAAGACGUACUCGGUGACCAGUUGGUGAAUUGAAGUUCAACGAUCGUCAUUCAUCAGGUCCAAUUGAAUGAGCUAAAGGAUAGAUCCUUUGAUGGAAGAAUGACUGGCUGCCGGUGGAAUUCUUCGAUAGCCGAAGGCGUUCACCACCAAAGCGAACGUAUCACAACAGCCACGAAUCAUGCAUGAUGAACGGUGCGACUAGGCUCGAUCAGGAUUGGAUGAUAAUGGUCGAGUUACGAGGUGGCACCGGAAUGACGAGCGGUCUCAGUGGUCGAUCAUCGAGUCGUCUCCAUUACACGAUACUCACGAUUUUGGACACAGUUUUCUCAGCUACCGUCGCGGCACCAGCUGUGGUCGGUUACUGGAGAGGAACAUGGGGUUUGAGCGACGUCUACGUUCAUCCCGAGGAUCCGGUACUGAGUAGCCUGACCUCGAUACUGAUCGGUUUCGUCGGCUUGUACGCGUUCAACGUGGUCCAACAUGUUCUCAACGAUCUGUUGCACCCGGACAAACACAGAUUGUCGUACUAUGUUGGAUCCAGGUUGUACACAGCCGUUUUCGGCUUUUGCUGCGUAAAUGCAUGGCGUGGCGCGUGGCAAGCCCUCGAUCUGUACACGGAACUCACAGCCGGCACCGUUUUCGCCACCACCGCUGUUAGUCUACUGGCAUUGGCCAUCAUGCGGGCCGUGAGGAACAUUUCCGCGCCGCCCUUUUCACUUUGCCUCGACUCCUGUCCUGGAUACUUCGAAGUGCAGACCAUGUUCCGGGUGAACAACACGAGGGACUGGUCGUUGUACUUAUUGGAUUGUGCCUUCAGCGUGGGUGUCGUUGGUACUUUGGUCGUAUUCGUUUGGAGAGGUGUUUGGAUGCUUCUCGAUCUCUACCUAUUCCCAGAGGAUCGAGAGUACUCCGCCAUUGGAUCUCUAGCCAUUGGAUACGGGAUAGUGACGGUGACGUUUUCCCUACAACCACUGAUGAGACACGUGUGUGCUCGUCUUCAAGGUUUGCCCCGUUUGAUAGCAGCGGACAGCUUUCUGUUGCUCAGCUUCCUGGGCACCGUGAACGUGUGGCGUGGUAUUUGGAACAUCCUGGACCUUUGGUUGUUACCAGAUAAUCCAGAAUUAUCCUGCUGGAUCACCCACGUUGGAUGCUUCGUUUUCCUCGUACUUCUAAACUGCAGCAACUCCAUCCUCGUCAGAGGCGUUUACAUCGACGCCGAAGAGGACGACGGCAAAUGCGUCGCGUUUCCAUGCCAUUAUCUUCGAUUAUUCUUUAAGGUCGAACGCGAAAAGAAAGAAGCGAGACGACGAAACCUGCUGGUAGCCUCGAAGGACUUCCGGCCCCGUGCCGACGGAAAUGCCAAAGAAACCGAGAACGGAGUGUUUUUACCGAACAGCAAUGCCACCACCAUUUUACCAACAAACCCGGAAUCUCUCGUUUAAUUACGAACAUUCCGCAACGAGGAAUCUGUUGAUCCCGAUCAUCGUCAGAAGGGAACGUAUCUCUUCGAGUUUGUGCCAAACCGGUGAUCGUGCAGUGACAUUUCAAACGUUCGAACACUUUCCACGAACUUCUCUUAACGAAUCUGUCGAAUAAUAAGGCUGUAACGAGCGAAUAGGCAGGUAAAAAACCGAGGGAAUAUGAGCAUACGAUCGACAGAUAGAUGAUGUAGGUAGACACGCAAAAUAGACACUUAGGGAAUUGAUUAAGUUAGAUGGACAAUUAGAGUGGGCACAAACAGGAUUUCAAAUUCAACGAUGGACCAAGUGAAUGGCUGUGAACGAGUAACGUGUACCAAUUGCACGUAAUUGAUGUUUCUUUUUACGGUCGAGUGGGCUUCGUAAUGAGUGUAUCAAAUGAGUGGAUAAAAAAGAAAAUGCAUAGGAGCUGUUUACCGUGUUUAAUGUAAGUUGUACAGAAUAUACGUAAUACUAGGGCACAUGUGUAUACACGUGGCGUGGUACGAUUACGCGACUGUUCAUUCAUAAUGAUUCCACUGAACGAAUGGUGCCUUGACACUCGAGUAACGGUUCAAGAAUCGUAAGAUGCUGACCGGCUUAGAAAUCGACGAAAAUACUCCUAAACGAUCCGUUUUGACAAGAUUAAAGGAUUUUGGUAAUUAAAUUCUUAAAGGGGUAUAUCUGCCUAGGAUCAUCGAAGAACUUUUGAAAAUUUUUUUUAGAAAAAUUUCUAUACCUAUUGGAAUAUAAUUAUUUUUAUUUUGUUAAAGGUAUCUUUAGGAAUUUUUCAGAAUUUUUUUAAACAGAAAUAAUAAAAAAUGGAGGAGAUAUUAAUUUUUCCAGGGGUGCUUUUGCUUUAUCAAGUGGAAUCUUUGGAAACAUUAUUUUCUCGAUUCAUUCAAAAUUUUAUGUUUCUAGAUAGAUUGUACCCUUUUGAUCCGAAGAUAAGGAAACUCGACAGCGUUGAAUCCUGCAGGAUUUCUAGUCAUCUAAUCAUACGUUAACCACCGCUUUCAAAUGCGUCGAUAUCUGUCGAUCGAUCGUAUCGAAUUUAUCUGAUAUUUCUCCUUUUUUUUUUCUUCUUCUUUGUCACACACUUAUGAUUAUAUUUUGCGAUCCUAGAGUUAGAUGAGACCUUGAUGAUGACAAUGGUAAUAGACUGGACACGAUCAUUAUAAAUGGGUUACAACCUUCUCCCCCGCAUCCUGUACACCCCGCAGAUUUUGCUCUUGUACAUCAAUUACGACGUCAUGGCGUACUAAUAAUUAAUUAACUGGAAUAAUGACGGGACAAUGGGCGGCUGGCACAUCGAUGGGAAGUGGCUAGUUCGACGAUAAGCGGACUGCCCUCCUGGCCUACAUUUAAUAUUUUCACAAUGAACAAUACGAUGGGCCUUCGAGCCGGAAGUUUUCCUACGAUGUUCCGUAGAAAAGCGGAAUCGAUCGGGUUCGAUCGAGUGAAAUCAAUCGCGUUGUGCUGCCUCUUUCGUAUUAAGACGAUAAACGAGCAGGGUGUUUCGUGUGAAAGAAAGAAUAAUACCUAUGUAAUAUUUAUAGGCAACUCUUAUCACGGAACAUUGAAAUAAAAGAAAUAAGCUGACGAAUGUUGAAACAAGUAUUUACAUGUUGUAUAAUAAAAAGGUUUUAUCUUUUUGA